AUGUGCACUGUAGUUGUACUUUCAGAAGUUAUAUACACUGUAGUCACGCCUUCAGAAGUUAUGUACACUGUAGUCACACCUUCAGAAGUUAUGUACACCGUAGUCACAACUUCAGAAGUUAUGUAUACUGUAGUCACACCUUCAGAAGUUAUAUACACUGUAGUUGUACUUUCAGAAGUUAUGUACACUGUAGUCACACCUUCAGAAGUUAUGUACACUGUAGUUGUACUUUCAGAAGUUAUGUACACUGUAGUUGUACUUUCAGAAGUUAUAUACACUGUAAUCACGCCUUCAGAAGUUAUGUACACUGUAGUUGUACUUUCAGAAGUUAUGUACACUGUAGUCACACCUUCAGAAGUUAUGUACACUGUAGUCACACCUUCAGAAGUUAUGUACACUGUAGUCACGCCUUCAGAAGUUAUGUACACUGUAGUUGUACUUUCAGAAGUUAUAUACACUGUAAUCACGCCUUCAGAAGUUAUGUACACUGUAGUCACACCCUCAGAAGUUAUAUACACUGUAGUCACACCUUCAGAAGUUAUAUACACUGUAGUCACACCUUCAGAAGUUAUAUACACUGUAGUCACACCUUCAGAAGUUAUGUACACUGUAGUCACGCCUUCAGAAGUUAUAUACACUGUAGUCACACCUUCAUAA